UUUUUUAUGGACUUUGACUGAUUUUAACGUCGGCUGGAGACCUUCAGAAACUCACAACAGAUCUCCAGGAUGGUUUAUGAGAAAGUCAGACAGUCUGGUGCAUCCAGUGUUCUGAUAUUCCAUAUUGCUGUCGUCCUCACACUGAUAUACUCAUGUAGAGGUCAGUCACAGGUGAUUGGUCCACUGCAUCCAAUAGUGGCACUGAUUGGUGAGGACAUUAUUCUGCCGUGUUACCUGAAGCCUGUCAUGAAUGCUUUUACCAUGACUGUGGAGUGGGCCAGGCCUGAUCUGAACCCGAGAUUCGUCCUGGUGUGGCGUGACGGUUUGGAACUAGAGUCUGAAAAAAAUCUAUUGUACAGCAGUAGAACAUCACUGUUCACUGAUGAACUGAAGCAUGGAAAUAUUUCACUGAAACUCUCCUCAGUGACACUUUCUGAUUGGGGAACUUACAGAUGCUUCGUUCCAGAGUUAGAUAGAGACUCUAUUAUUCAGCUUGUUGUUGGUGCUGCUUCCUCACUUGUUAACAUAUCAGAGAUCAGCAGAAACAGCAGUGCAGUGGAGUUACAGUGUAAAUCUGCAGGCUGGUAUCCAGAGCCUGAGGUGUUGUGGCUGAACGGUGAGGGAAACGUCCUCUCUGCUGGACCUACAGAGACAUUCAGAGGUCCUGAUGACCUCUAUACUGUCAGCAGCAGAGUGACUGUGGAGAAGAGACACAGCAACAAGUUCACCUGCAGAGUCCAGCAGAACAACAUCAACCAGAGCAGAGAGACAUGGAUUCAUGUUCCAGAUGAUUUUGUCAAAAACCCGCCUCCUCCCAAUUCUGGUUCCAGUUCAGUUGCUGCCACCAUCGGUUUGAUUGUUGGCAUCAUGUUUAUUGUUGCAGUCGUCGUCUUUGUGUGGAAAUGGAGACAAAUCAAACUGAAGAAGAAGAAACACCCCAAUGAUGAAGAAACAGUGAAAACUAGAGAGAAGACGAACAGGUCUGGAGGAAAUGAUGCUUUAACAGAGUCUCUGAUUGAAAGAGAAGCAGCAGAAAAUGUGAAAAUGCAGAGUAAUCCCUUGAGUGAAACAACAGGAUCUGACAUUCAGACAGAAGAUGAAACACACCAGAGUCAAACUAGUAAUCAUCUAGUCCAAACACAAGAAGAGACGGAGACACAACAUGGUCAUGAAGGAGCAGAAGUUCAGCCUUUAGUGGAUGGAGGAAGACGAACCAACCAACCUCUGGAGACCAUGAAUGGUUCAGAUAAAGAUCAAGAAGACACAGCAACCAGUGAAAAUAGUCCAGUAGAAAGAGAUGUGAACAAUGAAGGUGAUAAGACUGAAGCUGUAAGAGAAAACACAAACAGUGAAAUGGAUGAAGAAACAAAACAAGAGCAGCUGAUAGAAGUAAAAAAUACAGAAAAUAAUCUACAGGCAGAAGAAGAAAAGAACCUGCAGGAAGUUCAGCCUUGUCUGGACAAAGAGAUGGAAAAACUGAAGUCAAAGCUGCAGCCUAAAGAACAAGAUGAGAGACAAUAUGGAAAAGGAGUUACUAGAGUGAUGGGAAACAAGACGGAACAAGAGAAGCAGAUUAAAGAUCUCAAUAAGCAACUGGAAGAAGUGGAGAGAAAACUUCAGUCAAAGAAUGAAAAGGAAGAAACACAAACAGAAGCAGAAGAAGAUGAGAAAGAUCUGCAGAGGAAGAAAGAAGAACUUCAGAAACAGCUGAAGAGACUAGAGACGGCUCUGGAAAGAUCUAAUAAACAAGUGGAUGUUUUGAGACACAAGAAAAUGAAAGCAACUAAAGAAAAAGAGGAGACUAUUAGCAGAUUAGAGAUGAAGAACAGGAAUGAAAAUCAGAGUGAGUCAGACGAAGAUCUGUGAUGAUGAUGAAACUCAAGUUAAGAUGGAGGGAAACAGGGUUGAUUGUGUGAACGGGAUUUUUCUUGAUGACUAAUUUUCCAUCCAUCCAUUAUUUAUACACCACUUAAUACUCACUAGGGUCGCGGGGGACUGGAGCCUAUCCCAGCUGACUCAGGCGAAGGCAGGGGACACCCUAGACAGGUCACCAGUCUGUCACAGGGCUACAUAUACAGACAAACAAGCACUCUCACAUUCACACCUACGGGCAAUUUAGAAUAAUCAAUUAACCUCAGCAUAUUUUUGGACUGUGGGAGGAAGCUGGAGUACCCGGAGAAAACCCACGCAUGCACAGGGAGAACAUGCAAACUCCAUGCAGAAAGAUCUCGGGAAAGCUGGGACGCGAACCAGGGACCUUCUUGCUGCAAGGCGAAAGUGCUAACUUUGUGGAUUUGUGUUCAUUGAAAGUAUACUUUUACAGUCAUACAUUGGAGAAGAACAAGUUUGUAAGAACACAGUUUUAUGAUGUGGAUAUUAUGUACAGAUUUGACCAGAUUUCUUUCUUUGAUUUUGUUUUUUUUUACAGCUAUCGUGUGAUACAGAAAUAACUAUUUUUCUGUGAUUUUACUCCAGUUUAUGUGUAUUAUUUCAAUCCUAAUAUGCAUGAUUUUCCUUUCCAGUAACAACAAAUAUCUGUAAAAUAUUGAUAUUUUUACUGCUUUUGAUACAGCAUCAAUUAAGUGUAAUUUUACAGUCAAACAUUGUAAAAGAAAUAAGUAUCAGUUUUUUUUAUGUGGACAUUAUUUACAAUUUGAUCUGUUUCUGUACAUUUAACAUAUAAAUUAUUAUAUAUUUUAUCAGGUUUAACUAGUUAUUUUAGAUAAUUGUACAAAACUGAGAAAAUGUUCAAGAAAUAGUCUUUUUUUUUUUUUUUUACAGUUUAGACAUGUUGACAUGUUUUGGUCAUGGAAAACACCAGAAUGUUGCCUGCAGACUUGCUUUUCUAAAUGUUUUCGUAGUAUUUGGUUUUAUGAACUGACAAAAUCAGUCUUUAUCUCAUGUGUAUCAUUCAUGCAUGUGUUUGUACAUCAACAAUUUCAGUAUGAAUUCUCAGAGCUCCUUUAUGUUUACACUUCAAUUCUAUAUUUUUAUUGUUUUUCAUGUCCAUAGUUACAUUUUGUCCCACAUUUGAUGUGCUGUAGACCUUUAUAUUUCAUAGCCCACAUAACACAUCCACUGUAUUUAUCACAACAUGUGGCUGCUGUUUCUCUGUAUUUUUCCACUAAUCUCAAAACUAGAAAGACCAGCAAGUGUUGAUUUGUGUCUAAAUACAAUCUGACUGCCUGUGACUGAAGAUUUAUAUGUAUAAAAAAAUCCACAUGAAUAUGAAUUUUUCUUCUUUUUUCAUACUUUGAGUAAUUCACUUGUUUCUAGUUUGUGUUGCUGAGCCAGGAGAAAAGUGAUGGAUUAAUCCUUGUUAAAGUGUGUGAAGUCAAGUCAGAAUAAAACCACUUUGAAGCUUCGGCUUAAAGUCACAGAGACGCUGCAUUAACAGAUUUGUAGCACAAGACUUUAUUCUUCAUGCUGCAGAAGAUUCAUUCCAGAAUUGGAGGAGAUUUUAUGUUCCACUCAUCAAAUUUCACAUAAUCCAUGUGCAAAAUUUUAGUGGGUUAUUAUUUAGUGGAUGGUUGCUGAGUAAAUUUACUUGUCCUGAGACCAAAUAUUUUAAAAAAACAAAUUGGAGAAAAGAAUGUUUAAAAAUAUUUUUUAAAGCAGUAAAUAAGUUCCACCGAAAAUGUAUCUGUAGACAAUUAGUAUCAUAAUUGUGUAUAUAUAUUUUUAUGUAUCUUACAUGUAUAGACAAAUUGUUAUAAAAUAUUGCAUAAUAUACAGGAAACUGGAAAUUAUCAAGAAAGAUUUUAUUUAAAAAAGGUGGGACUAAAUAAGUGUAC